AUGUCGGACGAGCCCAACCCUUUGAUUGUGUUUGCCACGAUUGCCGCCAUCAUUGGCUCGUUCGUGGCGUUCUACUUCUUCCAGCAGGCGAAGAAGAACGGCAAGCCCGUGCUCAAGGCCGAUGAGUUCCAGAAGUUCCCUUUGAUCAAGAAGACCCGCUUGACCCACAACACGUGCAUCUACCGCUUCGGCUUGCCCAAGCUGACCGACCGCUUGGGGUUGCCCAUUGGCCAGCACAUCCUGAUCGGCGCCACCAUCGACGACAAGGAAAUCGUGCGCCUGUACACCCCUAUUUCCACCGAUGAAGCCCAGGGGUACUUCGACCUUUUGAUCAAGGCCUACGACCAGGGCAAUGUGUCCAAACACGUCGAGCUGAAGAAGAUCGGCGAGACCAUCAACGUCCGAGGGCCCAAGGGGUUCUUCACUUACACUCCCAACAUGGUCGACUCGUUCGGGAUGAUUGCCGGCGGCACCGGGAUCACCCCGAUGUACCAGAUCAUCACCGCGGUGUUGCUGAACCCUGAAGACAAGACCAAGCUCAACUUGGUCUACGCCAACGUCACCGAAUCCGACAUCUUGUUGCGGGCGGAGUUGGACAAGCUCGCCGCCGAGCACCCGGACCAGUUCACCGUCCACUACGUGUUGAACGAGGCCCCCGCCGGGUGGAAGGGGUCGCAAGGGUUUGUUACCGCCGAGAUCAUCGACGCCCAGUUGCCCAAGGCGUCGGAGCUGACCAACUUGUUGUUGUGUGGCCCCCCGCCGAUGAUCUCGGCGAUGAAGAAGGCUGCCGUCGAGUUGGGCUACCCCAAGGCAAAGCCGGUGUCCAAGCUUGGCGACAAGGUCUUUGUGUUUUGA